AUGUAAAAAUUAACAGAACCAUUAUUAUUUUCAGUUUACAUAUAGAAUAAAACUGAAUUAUAGUUGAAUAAAUUUAAAAUAUUAGAGCCUGUUGAAAAAACCUAUGAGAUCCCUCAAUUUUGCAUUGUACCCUUAUUGUGCUUUGAUGCUUAAACUAAGCAUAGGAUUGGUUAUGGUGGAGGAUAUUAUGAUAGAACCAUAGAAGAUUAUAGAUCUAAAAACUACAACACUAAGUUUAUAGGAUUUGGCCAUGAAUUGCUAAAGGUUAACAAUAUUCCUUACACAGAUAAUGAUUAAUAAUUAGAUUUCAUUAUAACUGAUCAAUAAACCUAUUGUUGA